CCGGCUCGCAGGGUGUUCAACUGCAUUGUCGAUGACUCGGCGCUAGUGGCCGGAGUUAAGAGAAGUACAAGAAAUGGCAUCCGGCAGUGGGUCAAGCAUGGCCAAAUCCGCCUGUUUGUGCCUCUUCAUGCACUUGAAGAGUUGAGCCGCCAAAAGAAUGGCAAGCACAAACACUCUGAGGAUGUCCGUGAGACCCUCCAAUGGCUUGACGAAGCCACUACCAACUUCCCCGAUGUCGUGACUUUACAGGGCGCCGAUGAGACUUAUGAGCGAUGGGCUGAAGUCGAAAGAUUCGUCGUGCCACGGACGCUGUUUUCUGAGAACAAUCACGAGCACGAGCUUGACUUGGUCGAAUCCAAUGCAUCCUAUGAGGAUCCCGCCGGACCCGCAGACAAGUGCGAACAACCCGUCAAAGAAUCUGUGAGCUCCGUUGCUUCGGACCUCACCCCUUCGCUUUCACCGUCUUCGCUACGAAGCAUGCAUUCCAGCGCCAGUCCCGUAUCCCCGCCCACGAGCCCACAGAAGGCAAGCAUGUCGCCUGUCAAUGAGAUGGCCUCGCUAUCUCUCGCUGGCACCAGACCUACCUCAUCGAGCGCUAGCGUUCCGCAACCUCUCCAGCCACUAUUCAAUUACAUUCUCUGGCGAGUCCACCAAGAAGUAGACCCGGUCGCUGCUCUCGAGUCUUUCAUCUUUCUAUGCAAUGAUCCGAGGAAAGUCAGUUUUGCGAAAGGAUUCGACAUCAAGACAAAAAGGCUAGAGCAGCUUCGUGAAGCGAUCGGUCGAGAGGAUCGUGACUACAAGAAUAGGCUGGCUUUGCAGAACAAGGAGGGCCAGAACCUCGAAGCACAAUCAUGUGAAGCCCCAGCACAGGGCAAGCCGACUGACGUCGCGCUUGAUGAGGAGAAGGAACCACUCUUCAAACCACCAAAGGCCCCUGCUGCCAUGCUCCAGAAGCAUCAAUCGAAAGUCCUCGACCCGAACGAUUUCAGCCGCGGCGGUCAGGCGCAGCAGACCAACAAGACAGCCCAGACAGAUCUGCCACCUAAAUCGCCUCGUGAGGGCCACGUAAGUUACCGUAGUUCACCUCGAGGCCAUCACGCCUUGCCAUUUGCGCCUCGAGGCAAUUUUCGAGGUCGUGGGAACUACCGCGGCGCUCAACGGGGUCGUGGCGGAGGUCCGUUCCAAGGUCGCGGAGGCUUCAACAACGGACCCGUGGCCUCCACCGAGACUGCCACCCCAGCUAGCCAAAUCGACCCAAAUAGCUUCACGCGACCGAUCUCGCGAGGAGCCCCAAAUAGUACCCGUGGCUCUAGGAAGCUAUGGGUUCCA